ACUUCACCCCGUGCUCUUCUGACUGCACUCUUCAUGCUCUUUACGCUGCUCUCCUGCGCAUUAUGCGCUCCUCUUUCUGCCGUGAUGAAGCGUGAUGUUUGGGGUACCCCACAAUCACCGAACUCACAUCUGACAUUCCUUGUCACCUGGGAUACGUCCUCAGAACCUUCCGAAGUAACCAAUCCUACUGGCCAGGUAUACCUUCGCCAGGGCGAUGCAACCCAAUCCAGUCCCAUCGCGUAUGGAUUUGCGCUUUCUGAUGGUGAAGUCAACGUCACGAUCCCUUACGACACCAUUCCCGGGGAGUAUAUGAUCGUAUUAUUCGGCGACUCUGGGAACUGGAGUGAUGAGUUCCCGAUUGACGCAGCCACAUAAGCUGCCUGCAGAGUUUUCUGUCAACCUAACAAAAUGCCGAAAAGAAUGAAAGAUCGGAAGGAAGAAAGAAAGAGGCGUACGAUUUGAUGUUUGGUGGCGGAAUGAAUAAUGGACUCGGGCGAUGGAGUCGGACAUUAACAAUUGGCAUCUGAUUGGACUCCUUCAAUUUGAACACUUCGAUUACACUGUACCUUAAAUUCGCACUAAUAGCGUUUCUUAGCUCAACUUCGCUUUUGUUUCGUACAGGUUGUGGUUUUGCUUUACCUUAGUGUCACUUGGUGUACGUUAGCAGUAGUUGUGUAAAGGCAACUCUUCUCACCAUCUAUCUCAGACCACAUUCUUUGAACGUGUGGUCGAGCUUGUACUUGAUGUUUACAGAGGUCCUUUACCUUAGUCUUGAGGUAUGUGAUAAUUCUUCUCAAACAUCCAGUGUUCUCAUCUUUUUAAAUUUU